AUGUCAUGCAACAGAAAAAAGCUGAUCCUGAACACAGUUUCAGUCAGCUUAGGCUGCAGCAGCUGCAAGAAACCCAAGCUAACUAGUUUGUUCAACCCAAAGCCGAAACCGAAACCGAAACCGAAACCAAAAUCUCAUUCUUACAAGGCUCAUUCUCUUUACAAUUACUCUUCAUCAAGCUCCUCCAAGAAAACAACCCAUUAUGCAUUCUCAGAAUACGAAACUGCCUCCUCUUUUUCCCCAAGCACAGAUACUCCUCAGUACUGGGACAUGGACACCAAGUGUUCAAUGGCGACCGUACGAGGGUUUGGCCGUGUAGGAGGAGAAAGCCUGGCGGUGGAGAAAGACUCUGAUGACCCUUAUUUGGAUUUCAGGCACUCCAUGUUGCAAAUGAUAUUGGAGAAAGAGAUAUACUCCAAAGAUGAUUUAAAGGAGCUUCUCAACUGUUUCUUGCAGCUGAAUUCGCCUUAUCACCAUGGCAUUAUUGUUAGAGCUUUCACAGAGAUCUGGAACGGGGUGUUCUCCGUCAAGCCUGGUGGUGCUUCCCCGAAGAUGCAUUUUGGGUACAAGCCACGUGACUUCUAG